AUGCUAAGUAGAUGCAAAAAACGAGCAAUUUUCUCAAUCUCAACUCAAUUAAUAAAAAAACUUUCUUCUUACAGUCAUGGUCUGGGUGCCGCCAUCUCGAAGACGCACAUACCCGGUGUACGCGACACAUUCACCCAGAGUGUGAAUGCAAAUCUAUUCAAUAACGGCGUACACAGUGUGGACGCAAAUGCCUUCAAAUCGCAAAACACACUGGCCAAUGGCUUCAAAUUCGACCGCAAUGGUGCCGGUUUGGAAUACUCGCACAUCAAUGGCCAUGGCGCCAGUCUGACACACAGCAAUAUUCCCAAUUUCGGCAGACAGUUGGAGUUGGGCGCCAAAGCAAAUUUGUGGUCCUCUCCGGAUCGUAAUACGCGCUUAGAUUUGACUGGCAGUGGCUCAAAAUGGAUGAGUGGACCGUUGAGUGGGCAAAAGGAUUUCAGCGCUGGCUUGGGUCUGACGCACAUGUUUGGUUGA